CUUAGUCCAGGCAGCAGACAAGCAGCAGGUGAUCAAAGCUCAUAAGAAGGGACCAUUUUGUCACAGCAGUUGCAUGUAUACAUAGUACGUAGUACAUUGUUUCACAUUUCUUUUCCCUCACUUUGUCACAGCACUUGCACACAUACAGACAUGGUAUAGUACAUUGUUUCACGUUUCUUUUCCCUCACUUUGUCACAGCACUUGCACACAUGGAGACAUGGUACAUUGUUUCAACUCUCUUGUCCCUCUGUCUUCUUCCCAACACAUCUUGACCAACCACCUCUCCACCUUGUCUCUGCACGUCAUGCUCGAAUGUGCGGGACCGAUCCAAUCCGAUCCAAUCUUCCAAGCCUUUCGGAAUCGUCGCCACCAAUCUGUCGACGACAGAAGGGCUAAGCUGUGCACCUCCUAAAGGGCGGAUUUAACGUGGCCACAGACAUCCGCCGGGUAAGUGCUCCCAGUUUGAAUGCGCCCUAAUUGUCUGUCCCAUUUUCUCUGGAUCUGGCAAAGUCCAAGAAGGAAACACAAACGGCAAAUCCUUUCUCCCCUCCUCCCCGUUCUUGAAAGGCUGACCCACAAACGGCGAAUCCUUUUACCCCAGAGGUUUUCUGACGUCAGGAGGACCGGUGGUUUAAAGUGGCCCUUCUACCUGUAUUACUUGCAACCCACCAGUACACCCCCCCUCCGUCCAAUAGGAAGAAGACAACGGUUCCACAUCCAAGCACAAACUGAAAAGGACUUUGUCGUCGCCCAUCUUCGCUCUUUUAAUUGAACUCACAAACUGCAGUCCUCGUUCAUUCCCUCUCCCUCUUAAAAGGUCAAGCUCUCACCCACCCACUGACAGAUCCUCUCGCUUUCCUCUGCCCUCUUAAAAGCUUAAGCCCCCCUGCCCCAACCCCCAAAGAUGCAUGGGUGGGCACCAACAAUGUCGGCGCUACUAUACAGUUUUUUGCACACCCCCUCGACUCGUCUUUUUCCAAGUCUCCCUCCGUCUGCAAGACGAAGCCCGGCCAGCCGAAGGUGCAACUUAAUAUAGACAAUUUCAAUCAAUCAAUAAGGCAAUUGACUGCCUGAUUGGUCAGCCUAAUGACCCCCUCGUGGGGGGUUAUGCCUUAAAAAAAAAACUUAUUUGCGAGUGAUGUAGGGUGAUUGCCGGAUCCUACCGAGAAGAUUUGCAAUUACAUCCUCAACUCUACCGGGACUCGGCAGACGAGGACGUGGAGCUUCGACCGACUCGAUUGCUCUCCCAACAGUAAUCAGGGGUGAAGACUUUACCUACAACCCCAUUUAACAGUAAUCAGGGGUGAAGACUUUACCUACAACCCCAUUUAGGAUCUGGCCCCGUUGCACGUCAUUGCUAGCCAGGAUAGCAUGCACCUAACUCAUGGGCCUAUGGCUGGCUUCAACAUAGCAGAUUCAAGACGCGGGCACGCUUUUUCAAAUUCAGUCAACAUAGUGGAAACGCGCACGCGGAGGUCACGGCCUCCUCACUCUGUCUCCACGACUUCAGGCGCAACUCCCCAUUCAUUACUCCUCCUCUCCAUCAACCGGUCCUUACCCUUCGGCGUUGUUGGCUGGCUGGCUGGCUGGCUCUCGCCCUUUGCUUCGGCUUCGCUGGCUGGCUGGCUGGCUGGCUCUCGCUGACUCGCUGCAUGGAUGGCUGGUUGGAUACUUAUGGAUCGAUGGAUGCAUAGAUGGAUCCCAUGGAUGGAUGGAUAGAUGGAUAUCGCUGGGGUUCCCUCUGUCUUCCCGUUCGCAUACCGAACGGCUCCCACGAUUUCAAUUCUAUAACAAUGGUGGGAUGGCGAAGGAGAAGGUAUUCUCGUUCGCGCUGACGAAGGUACAGUUACUCGGCAUGUCAACCUGACUGGUGAUAAUCACCUCCCUCCCCGCGUACGUAGCAUGAAUGAAGAACUACCUACAACUUUUGGGACGAUCUACAUCGUAUCGUCACAUGCAUGAAAUUAUCAGUCGCCGUACAUAUACAUUGUCGGAUGUCGCAUUACGAAAGUGCUCUCUAUACGCCCCUCUGUGUAGGCCGCCACAAUGUCCCUCCACAAGACGACGUCCAAUUCAGUCACUGAUUUCUGGUUGAAAUUUCAACUACCCAUUCGCAAGGAGGAUGGAUCCACCAUAUACUAGCAAGCAAGAUGGAUGCUAUGUUGCAUAGCAGGAUGGAUGCUAUGCUGCAAGCCAAGAUGGAUGCUAUGUCGCCAGCAAGAUGGAUGCUAUGCUGCGAGCCAAGAUGGAUGCUAUGCUGCAAGCCAAAAUGGAUCAUGCUAUGUUGCGAGCAAGAUGGAUGCUAUGUUGCACAGCAAGAUGGAUGCUAUGUUGCACGGCAAAAUGGAUGCUAUGUUGCAAGAAAGAUGGAUGCUUUGUAGCAUAGCAAGAUGGAUGCGUUGUAGCAUAGCACGAUGGAUACUUUGUAGCAUAGCAAGAUGGAUGCUUUGUAGCAUAGCAAGAUGGAUGCUAUGCUGCAAGCCAAGAUGGAUGCUAUGUUGCGAGCAAGAUGGAUGCUAUGUUGCACAGCAAGAUGGAAGCUAUGUUGCAAGCAAGAUGGAUGCUUUGUAGGAUAGCAAGAUGGAUGCUAUGUCGCCAGCAAGAUGGAUGCCAUGUGGCAAGCGAAGAUGGAUCUCCACUUGGAAUCAGUGAGUCGACCGAGGAAAGGAGACAGUACGCACCUUCGACACACUUCAAGACGUGCUAGAGAACCAGUUGUUCGUCGGACUUUCCCCGCAGCCUCGCUGGCAAUCCCUUAAGCAACUCUCACAGCUCGCACAGAGAAAGUGGCAUCGUCAAUCUCGUCUAUGUAAACCAUGGUUAACCUUGUGGUUAUGAAACUUUACUCGUUAUAACUUUUAACGGCUCUGAAAUGCUCUCUUACCAGACAAUAAACUUCGUUUUCGGCCGCGCAGGCUCGCUGUCUGGUUGGCUCUCUGCUCGCCUCCUACUUGCAGGCUGACAGACCACUUACUUAACUGUGCGUGGCGCAGUUGAUCCGUCGGUCCGCUAGAAAGAUAGUCGUCCGGCUGGCUAGCUGGCUUGGUUGCCUCUAUACACCUGCCUCCCCACCUUAUUCCCCCAACCAUGGACUGCCUGUUAUCAGGCCGUACUUGGUCAGGAUAGAGCUGUACACGUUCAUGUUCAUGAUGAUAGGCAGUUGCGUUCAGGACAAUAAAGCAGUGACGUCAGC